AUGGGCAUUAUUGAGGAAGCAAAAUCAUCAACCAAUACCAGCUCUGCAUUCAAGACUAUAUGCAUGGAAGCAGGAGUCGGAGGAGGGGUCUUUCUACCCUUCUGGCAUGGGUUUCCUCACUGCGAUAUUCAUCAUUCUAUAACACCUGAUGUGUUACAUCAACUCUAUCAAGGUGUAUUCAAACACAUGGUAGAAUGGCUUGAGAGUCUCUUGAAUGAAGAAGAACUGGACACCUGUAUCAGAUCUCUUCCCCCAUGUUAUGGUUUAUGUCACUUCAAGAAUGGAUGGUCCUCCUUGGGUCAGAUUGGAGGAAAGGACCGCAAACAUAUGGCACACAUUUUGUUGGGCUGUAUGAUAGGCAAAGUCCCUAGAGAUGUGAUCAUCAGCUACAGGUCAUUACUUGACUUUAUCUAUCUGGCUCAAUAUCCUUCACAUGACGAUGAUACACUGGCAUAUAUGGAAAAGGCCCUCAAGGAUUUUCACCGUCACAAAAAUAUUCUCUUCAAUCUUGGAGUUAGAGAACAUCUGGACAUCCCAAAAAUCCACUCUUUUCUUUAUUAUGUCGACUCUAUUACAUGGUUUGGCACAAUGGACAACUACAACACAGAAAUGAUGGAGCGUUUUCACAUUGACUUUUGUAAAGAGGGAUGGUAUGCAUCAAAUCACCGCAAUGAGAUGCCUCAGAUGAUAUCCUGGCUAAGUAGAAGGGAAAAGGCAUCUUCAUUCAAGACCUAUCUUAAAAUGACGGUGGAAAAUGAGGAAGAAGAUUUCUCUUACUCUAGAUUCAAAGAUCAAAGCAUUCUCAUCGCCAAAUACCCAGCCAGAAAGAACCAGGACAUUCAAGAAAUAAUGGAGAGACAAACCUGCCCUGGCUUUCAACGCAAUCUGACCUGCUUCAUCAAUUCCUUCAAUAAUAACAAUAUUGCUGGUGGACAACUUAGCAAUGCUUCCCUUCCAUUCAGCUCUGUGGAUGUUUAUCAUGGUUUCAGAUUCAGUCUGAAUGAUUUAGGCAAUGAAGUUGAUUUGGACCUAGGAAAUCAGGAGAUAGAUAGCGCCAAGGCUAAGACCAGUUAG